GUACUUUAAAAAUUGCGUUCGGUACUGUAAUGUGCAGGAAACGUCAUACUCAUAUCCGGAGUCCGUUAAACUAGCCAAGAUGAGGAUAAACGAUUUUAAUGUUUAAAAACAGAUAAAUCAAGUAUUAUCAUGAGUUCAGAUAGAAGGAAGCGUAGUUCAAGAGAAGAUAACUCUGAUGAUUCUGAGGAGGAAGAAUACACCCCUUAUGUCCCUUUGAAGCAAAGGAAGAAAAUGCAGCUGAAACAAGCAGAGAAAAGACUUGGAAGAGUAGCAGUAUUAAAGGAGCAGGAGACAGGGUCGACAUCAGAGGGCACGUCUGAAGGCGGGAUAGAGGAGGAAGAUGAUGAAAUAAAUCUUGGCCCGAAAUCUAACAUCAGUUUAUUAGAUCAACAUAGUGACUUGAAACGGAAGGCUGAAGGUAAAAAAAAAACCCUGGGAAAAAAACUUAAAAAGGAAGGCAACAAAUUAACAUGAUCUUUCUUUUAUCAUUCAGCUUUAAAGGCAGUAGCAGAAUUGGCAAAAGGAAUUGAAUACACAGAUCCUAUAAAAACAGGGUGGCGUCCCCCAAGAUAUAUCCUGAAUAAACCUGAAGAAAAGCAUGAGAAAGUACGCAAGAAAUACCACAUUCUGGUGGAAGGAGAAAACAAACCAGCGCCUAUAGAGUCAUUUAAAGAGAUGAAGUUUCCCAAACCAAUUCUACAUGGUCUUAAGAAAAAAGGAAUACAACAUCCAACACCAAUCCAGAUACAGGGUAUCCCAGCUGUCUUAUCUGGUCGUGAUAUGAUUGGUAUAGCAUUCACUGGGUCAGGAAAGACGUUAGUGUUCACACUACCUAUAAUCAUGUUUGUACUUGAACAAGAGAAGAGAAUGCCUUUCAUCAGUAAUGAAGGACCCUAUGGUCUUAUUGUUUGUCCAUCGAGAGAGUUAGCGAAACAGACAAAUGAGAUCAUCCGAGAAUUCUGUGACUACUUAGAGAGGGAUGGAUUCCCUCCCUUACGUACAGCUCUAUGUAUAGGAGGUAUCGCAGUGAAGGAACAGAUGUCUAUCAUAAACAAAGGGGUACAUAUAAUGGUUGCUACACCAGGUCGUCUAAUGGAUAUGUUAGCCAAGAAGAUGAUAACGUUAGAUGUGUGUAGAUAUCUAUGUUUAGAUGAGGCUGAUAGAAUGAUAGAUAUGGGAUUUGAGGAAGAUGUUAGGACUAUAUUCUCAUACUUUAAGGGUCAGAGACAGACACUCUUAUUCUCAGCUACUAUGCCAAAAAAGAUACAGAAUUUUGCACGUAGUGCUCUUGUUCAACCAAUUACUGUGAACGUAGGUCGUGCAGGCGCGGCCAGUCUUGACGUAGUGCAGGAAGUGGAGUAUGUGAAACAAGAGGCUAAGAUAGUCUAUAUUCUAGAAUGUUUACAGAAAACUGCACCACCAGUACUAGUGUUUGCGGAGAAGAAGCAGGAUGUAGAUGCUAUACAUGAGUAUCUGUUACUGAAAGGUGUUGAGGCAGUGGCUAUCCAUGGAGGGAAAGAUCAAGAGGAAAGGACACAGUCUAUAGAACAGUUUAGGAAAGCUGAGAAGGACGUCCUUGUAGCGACAGAUGUGGCGUCUAAAGGUCUGGAUUUCCCCGACAUCAAACAUGUCAUAAACUAUGAUAUGCCGGAGGAUAUUGAAAACUAUGUACAUAGGAUAGGUCGUACAGGUAGAUGUGGUAAAACUGGUGUGGCAACUACAUUUAUAAACAAAGGUGUUGACGAGACUGUAUUACUUGAUCUCAAACAUUUACUAAUUGAAGCGAAACAGAUAGUACCACCAUUUUUACUGUCCAUGCAGCCUGAUAAUGAAAAAUAUCUCGAUAUUGGUGGGGAAGCUGGUUGUAUGUAUUGUGGUGGUCUCGGUCAUCGUAUAGCAGACUGUCCCAAGUUGGAAGCUCUACAGAACAAGCAAGUGGCUGGUAUUGGUCGCCGUGACUACCUGGCUGCCAGCAGUGCUGACUACUGAGAUACAACAGAUGUCUUCUUUGAUUACCUUGACUGUGUUGAUUCUGUCCCUCAUCAACUGUACCUUCCUAAUAAAAAUAAAGUGCUGCAGGCAGCAUAACAUUCAUGUUGGAACUUACUGGAUACUUAAAAUGAUAGGUGACAUACAUGCAUCAUGUAACAAGAAACAUUCAGUAUGUCACAAUACGAGAUAACACAAAUUCAUUAAAGAGAAAUUGUCGGAAGAGAUGAUAUGGAGGAUUUUACUACAGUACAAUAUGUAGAGUAACACUUUUUGAGAGACAAAAAGUUUGGUUGUUGCUCUGGAGAGGUUGAUAUUGUUAUUUCUAAGUCUUAGUUUGGGAAUUAUUACAAAGGUGAUUGCUCUACAGGGGGUCACUCUGUAGAGGUUGCACUGUACUAUUUAGUGAUACAUGAGUGAUAAUGAAGAAAUACUUCUUAAGACAGAAUGUUUAUUAUUUUCUUUAUUUCUUCAAAUAUUAAAUGCACAAUAUGGAUAAUUAAUACAUGUAUAAUUCCUGACUAUAUGUAAGUUGUGUCAUUUAAGUGUAUUUUUAUUUAACAACAGAAUUGGGUAAUAUUUUGACACAAAUGAAGUGUUGACCAUUUUGACAAAAAGAAAUAUGUAAAUAUUUAGUGGUGAAUUUAUUUUCAUUUUUCAUAUUUGAAUACAUCUUUUUUAUUUAUAAUGAAGAGAUGAAAUAUGAAAUCAUACAUGCCUGGUUUUCAUUAGUACAUUGAACGUAAGUUCAAGUUCAUGUGUACAUGUAU